AUGAACUCCACAACGCCUUGCGUGCUAGAGGUCUGCCAAAACGGUUGGCUGUUUGAGUACAACGCAAGGAAUGAGAUCCUUGACUUUUCCCUUCACCGAAGUCGCAUUUUCUUUGGGACAUUCUUUGUUUUGGGCUACGCCUUUCCUCUGGUCGUAAUUUGCUUCUUCUACAGCAUUCUUCUUUGCAAACUCCUCUGCGGUCGAGCCUCAAAGAUGUCAAAGUCUGCGGAGGCCAAUCGAGGCAAGAGGAGGGCAACUAGGGUCGUCAUUGUUGUUGUUCUCGUAUUUGCUUUCUGCUGGCUGCCCAUUCAGGUGGUCUUCAUGUUGCAAAACUUCUUUGAUGAUACGAACUCCUUCGCAUUUCGCAUGGCACAUGUGGUCGGAAACGUUCUUGCUUAUGCCAACAGCAGCGUUAAUCCCAUUCUUUAUGCCUUCUGCAGCGAAAGCUUCCGCAUGGGCUUUGCUGCUCUUCUCUGUCUAGACCGGUCAAGAAUGCGCCAACUGCCGAAUACCGGCAACGCCUGCAACAAAAAAUAUCCACAUUCCCAGAAAAGACUUAUUGCAGUGGAGGAGACAGUGGAUGAGUCGAGUGUGCAUUCUGAUCCUAACGUUCCUCAUCCGCACAAUGUCUCGAUUUGUCCUCAUGUCGUCGCCCUUGUGGAAGAACUAACUGACUCUCCUAACGACAUUCAAGCGCCAGAAUUAACAGCCGCCAACCAUGCUACAGCCUGA